GGCACUUGACCUCCCUCGGCGCUCUCCUUCUCCCUGGGUGACGCAAAAAAAGUGGGCUGGCGAAGCGCUAAGUGCCGUAGUUUAGAGGACUAUCGGUGCGCACCGAAACAUCACUAGUCAAGCAGACUUCAUUUAGAGCGCCUAUCUUGGUUCAGCCGUCUCUCUCGGAUGUUACCAAUGCAAAUACCUUGGCGGAGAUACCGGGAUGUGUACGGAUGUGUAUGAGAAAGACAACACUGACUUUUCCUCAAACUUGUAGCGACCUCCUCCAUUCAGUAAGCUGAGAGGUUGAUGAAACUUUUUUUGAAUGAGUAUCCCGCCGCUGGCUGGCACAUCUGGACUCGGAGUCGUCGGAGCUGUCAAGUCCAGCGCCAACGUCUAGCCGGACUUGACCUGACCCUCUUCUAUUGUCCUCCCUAAACUUUAAGGCGGAAUAUUGGACGUUAAACUCUUGCAUGUUUAUUUUUAAAACUUUUUUCUUUCUUUUUUCCAUAAUUACAAGGCACAGAAUGGAACACUCAGUCCUCAGAAUAACAUGCGUCUUGGCGGUUAUCUGUCUCUUGGAUAAAAGGGUAGACUCCAAUGAAAUCUUGGGCCUGAAGCUCCCCAACAUCGAUCCGAUCCUGAAUGCCAACACGGUGUGUCUGACGCUGCCAGGUUUGACGCGACGCCAGCUGGAGGUGUGCAUGCGGAACCCAGACGUAACAGCUUCAGCAAUCCAGGGAAUCCAGAUUGCCAUCCACGAGUGCCAGCACCAGUUCAGAGGACACCGCUGGAACUGCUCCAGUCUGGAGACUAGGAACAAAAUACCCUACGACAGCAUAGUCUUUAAAAGAGGUUUCAGAGAGAGUGCCUUUGCGUAUGCCAUCGCAGCAGCAGGCGUGGUACAUGCAGUGGCCAACGCUUGCUCCAUGGGCAAACUGAAGGCAUGCAGCUGUGACGAGAAGCGGCGUGGGGACGAGGAGGCCUUUCGCAUCAAACUGCACCGUUUGCAAUUGGAGGCCAUCCACCGAGGGAAGGGUAUGGUACACGGCGUCAUGGAGCACUUCCCCGCCGACUUGCCGGGACCCCAGGAUUCCUGGGAGUGGGGCGGCUGUAGCCCCGAUGUGGAAUUCGGCGAGAAGUUCUCAAGGGACUUCUUGGAUGCCCGCGAAACCUACAAGGACAUCCAUGCCCGUAUGAGGCUGCAUAAUAAUAGAGUUGGGAGACAGGUGGUGCUCGACCACAUGAGAAGGAAAUGCAAGUGCCACGGGACGUCGGGGAGCUGCCAGCUGAAGACCUGCUGGCAGGUCACCCCAGAGUUCCGGGUGGUGGGCUCAAUCCUCAAAGAGCGCUUCCACAUCGCCACGCUUAUCAAGGCUCACAACCGAAACACCGGACAGCUCGACCACUCCCACAACAACAACAACAACCACCACAACCACCACCACCAUCACCAUCAUCAGAAUAACCACCACAAUCACCAUCACCACACACACCGGCGGCGGCCAAGCAUCAACGAACUGGUCUACUUUGAAAAGUCGCCGGAUUUCUGUGAGCGGGACCUGGGUUCGGACUCAACGGGCACGCAGGGUCGGAUCUGCAACAAGACCAGCCCCGGCAUGGACAACUGUGAGAGUCUGUGCUGUGGGAGAGGCCACAACAUCCUGCAGCAGACGCGGAGUGAACGCUGCAACUGCAAGUUUCACUGGUGCUGCUAUGUGGUGUGUGAAGAGUGCAGGAUAACAGAGUGGGUCAGUGUCUGUAAAUGAAGAAACACACACUAAAAGACUGUACACAAUAAAGAAAACAAAGAAAAAGAGACAUUUUUAAAUCAAGACUAUUAAUUUGAAAGGGGAAUAUGAUAAUAAUAUAUGUGCCCCAUACCUUUUUGCGGUGGACUGCUGUUUUCCAGAAGAGCAAGGACAGAGUGUGAAGCAGUUGAGCCAGCAGAGAUAGAUGUGCAUGUUGGUAAAAGAGUGUGCACAUCCGGCAUACGUCUAAAGCUGCCACAACUCAGAGAGCUUGGAUGUUUACUGCCUUCCUCUUGAGACAAAGGAACAUAGUUAUAUCAGAUAAAUAUCUGAGAGCUCCAAAUUUGAAAUUUGGGCUCUGAAAACAAUUUAUUGUUAUUCCAUCAGCAUAUGUUGACUGACAUACAGCUGCAUAGGAUUCAGGUGAAAGAGGAAGUUGAGAGUAAGCAGUAGAUUGCAUGCAGAUAGAAAAUAAUAUUGCUUCAUAGCACCAGCAAUAUGUAAGGUGAAAAGGCUGAUGUCUGCAUCCCAUGAAAUUUAAACAAUGGAGGAAGACAUGAUUCAUGUUUUUCGAACAGAUCAUACAUUAUACAGUAGUCCCUCCAUCACUUAUAUGAUGACUUACAGCAUAAACACAGUCAUAUUACACAGUAUUUGCCAUGUCUCCUAUCUACUACAUAAAGAGACAAAAUAGAACUUUCACACAUCAGGAUUCACAAUGCGCAGGAGCAAGGAUUUAGUGCCUUGUUCAAGGGCAGUUCAGAAGUUUCAAUAUUUAUAGCAAAUCAUCAUGUUACACCUAAAAAUACAUCAGGGGAUUGUCUGGCUCAUUUGACACUGUAGAUGUGUCAGUCAAUAUGACUAUGUUGUACGCAUCGCGUGUAACCCUGCUAACAGUGAUGACACCCCUUAAUAAAUACAUUCACACAUUUUGGUAAAAGAAAAAAAAAAAAAAAGCAGAGUGGAGUCCAAAAUUAAGUCCCAAGACAGACUGGACUAUUUAAAUAAGAUGACUGCAUUAAAGGGUCACACUUUCAUAAUAAGUGAUAGUCACUGGAAAGAAGGAUGUAAAGAGGAAUCAGAGUGGCUGAAGCUGAAGUCAAUCAAAAGACCGAUCUGAAAGGCUUAUUGUUGGUGCUGCUUCCUGGGAUUCCUCAUGUCAGACUCUUACAACUGAAACCAUUUCCUUCCCUCUAAAAGAGGGUGUUGAAAUAAAAUCCACACAAAUCAGCUUCCAACAGAGUAAGAACCAGCACUAGCCCUAUACACCAUAAGGCUAAUUUUGUGAAUCCAUGUGAAAAACCAUUGUGACAAGACAGCUGUUUUGAAAUAGUGUAUUACAGCCUCCCUGAAACACAGCACAGAUGCAUUGUCCUGAGUUACGUUCUCCACAAUGUUCCAUGUGUUGUGUGCGGUAUGUAAUGUAAGAGGACUGUCAGAGUACAGUGCACAGUAGACCUUAACAAGUACGGCUUUCAUCUUCAGCAUGAUCUGAACAGCAUUGUAAAUAAAACUGAAAAAUGCUGCACAAAUACCAUCAAUACAUUUAAAGUGCCUCAGGAAACUGAGCGCACAUGAACAGGCUUCAGUUCCUAACACUAUAAACAUCCUAAGCUGUCAUCAAUCAAAGUGUUUCCUGUUUUGUGAUGCAAUGUACUGUGUGCGACACUGUAAGCUUCUUGUGAUAUAUCUACACUCACCUUCUACACACUUCUUCGAUGUGUGCAAAUAGGGAUAUUCUGAUGUCAACUUCAAAGUAUAUAAAUAACAAAGUUGAUAUGGAUUUCUGCCUAUGCACAUUUUGAAGAUCAUAUUCGGUCUCAAGAAACAUGUACGAGUGAGGCUCCUUAUCAGACAGUGUAAUUUAUUUCAAGCAAAUAUGUUUCUGUGUUGAAAGCAGAGGGAAAAGAAUAAUCUGGAAUUAUGUUUCCAGUGUAACAGAUUAUUUUGGUUAUGAUAAGUAGUUUGCACAUACAGAACUGUGUCCAGGAAUACUCUGGGAGAUAUCAGCAAUAUGCAUUUUUUUUCCAUGUCAUAAAUGUAAUGUAUGUAUGUAUUUGUAUGUUUUAAUAUGGUUAUUAUCUAAGUUAUUUUAUUUUUGUGGAUAACUUAAUAUUUGUAAGACAAUAAAGAAAGACCAUAAUAUUGAAAGGGGCUUUAAUGUGAUGAAUAAUAAAAUACAUGAAAGCAGUAUAUUUGGUAAAAGAA